CGCCAGCUUUGAACAACGAAGCGUUGCCAAGGCCUACGAGGAGCGCUCGAUAGGGGCGACGGUUCCCGAAAAUGAUUGCUGAAGAGAAGCGAUGGUGCUUUCCUUCGCUAAAAUGCUGUGCCACGCAAACAGGGCAGAAAGAUAUCGUCCGAUCAUUUCUUCCUUCUCACCUUCUCCAUUGAGCUUUCUCUCAUCUGGGGAGACCUCGAAGACAUACUUUGGAUAGUCGCGAUAUGCCGCAAGCACGGACGAUGUAUGGAGGAGCGGGAGCCCAGUGUCGUUUGAUACUUCUGGUUGUUCUCAUCUCACUCGGAGUGGUGACGCUGCUGCAAUCGCUACAGACGACCCAUAGCAUACAUGACAUUCCGCUCUCAAUUCGUGGACACAAGUUCGGAGGAGCUGUGGGCAGGAAACAUGGCUCUGCUCAAGCCAUUCGCAUCAAGAAAGUAACGGCACUUUUCGGCGAACCAAAUUAUCUCUACGAAGGGGCCAUCGCAACUCAUGAACGACACAACGCUCUGCAUGGAUAUCAGAUGCAGGUUCUACGACAACGAAUUCAUGCAAGCUUUCUGGCCAAGCCCGCCUAUCUCAUGUCCGUUCUCGUGGAAGAAUUGAACAAGCCGUGGGACGAGCGUAUGCAAUGGCUCGCCUGGGUCGAUCCAGAUACUCUGGUUCUGAAUCAGCAGGUUCCACUGGAGCUCUUUGUACCUCCACUUGAAGAAGAAAUCAAUCUGAUUGCAACCCAUGAUGACAAUGGUUACUUCAAUGGUGGUGUUUUCUUCUUGAGGGUCGACACAUGGUCUCUAGAAUUCCUGAUACAAGUACUUGCAGUGCCGCUCACAGACAGAAAGCAUCACGUCUCGUUGAACAAAGAUCACGCUGCGCUGGAGCAGAUCAUGGAGAGUCAGAGAUUCCGGAACAGAGUAACCUACCAGCCUCGCAUUUGGUACAAUGCAUUCGACUCAAACAAGACGUACGAAGGCGAAGCAGGCGGCCUGAUGGUGCACCUCCUCGAUCUUGGUGGAGACAAAUGGGCUAGAAUGGACAAGUACCUGGGUAACGUGACGAGCAAGGUCAAUCCGCACGAACUACCUCUGGAGCAGACGCCGUACGAAGAGCAGGUACAAGCAUUCUGGAAGAGAAUGAGAGACUCGCGCAGGAUUCUCAAGGAGGCGAGGGAGAAGGAAAAGGGCCAUGAUGCGAUCAAGGAAUCUGCGAGACGCCUACGAUUUGCUCUGGAAUUUGAAACGGACAAUGAGGUGGUGAUGAGAGGUGCUUACGACCGUCUGCUCAAUGCAUUGUAUGAGAACAAGUAACGGAUUGGCUUUGCUUGAUGAUGUAUUUCCCUGGAGCGCAGGCGUAAUGGAGGAGAAGUCUUUAGACAGCCAAGAUACCCUAACAACAGUCGCAAUUCUGAACCGCUCCUUCCCGUGUGCGAAGCACUGUCACACUUGUAGCUAUCUCAGGGCAAACUCCUUUUCGUUUCGGAGCGACGGCACCGGUAUACAUCUAGAUUCCCUGUGUUAGAUCCUUUCAUAUAGGAUGUGACUAUGCAUUGCUUCAGCUGUCGCUCUGCUCUGACCGUUGAAAGUGGAUGGGUGUGACGGAGCU